UUUCAAACAUGGCGGCCACCGUCGGUAGGAUUUGUGGGGCACGUCUUUUGAAAAAAUAUGGUCUAGUUUGGCCUCAGGCUUGUCAGCUGUCCACCAACACUCAAGGAUGGACAAAAAACAGAAAAGUGUGGCUGUCCACUUUGGGAGUGGUAGGUGGAGGUGUUGGAGCUCUACUUUUUGCACUUGAGCAGUCUGUGCAGGCAUCAGGCUCUGAAGCUCACCCACCUCACAACCCUUGGAAUCACAGUGGCUGGUUCAGCUCCCUGGACCACGCUAGUGUCCGUCGGGGUUAUGAAGUUUACAAACAAGUCUGCAAGGCAUGCCACUCUUUGCAGUAUAUUGCCUUCAGAAAUUUGGUCAAUGUCACCCAUACUGAAGACGAGGCUAAGGCUGAAGCUGCUGAGGUGAUGAUUAAAGAUGGUCCUGAUGAGGAGGGCAACUACUUUGAAAGGCCUGGUAAACUUUCUGACUACCUGCCGUCUCCAUACCCCAAUGAAAAUGCGGCUCGUGCUGCAAACAAUGGUGCUUACCCACCGGACUUGUCUCUGAUCUGCUCGGGACGUAAGGGCGGCGAAGAUUACAUCUUCGCGCUACUGACUGGUUACAUGGAACCUCCUGCUGGUGUAGUGCUACGUGAGGGACAGAACUACAAUCCAUACUUCCCAGGAGGUGCCAUCUCUAUGGCGCAAGUUCUAUUUGACGAAGCAGCUGAGUACAGUGACGGCACGCCGGCGACUGCGUCACAGCUCGCCAAGGAUGUUGCGACUUUCUUGAAAUGGUGCUCAGAACCCGAACUGGACGACCGUCGGCAGAUGACCAUCAAAGCUAUCGGCAUGUUCUCCAUGCUUGCCGCCGUUGUCUACUACUACAAGCGGCACAAGUGGUCCACGCUCAAGUCUAGAAAGCUCGCCUACAAGCCCGUUUCUAAGAAAUAAACGCCAACAACUUACAAGUAGCAAAACAAAUGUUUUAGACAAUUUUUUUUUUUUCUAUAGGCACAGUAACAUGUUAAUUGUUUAUAAUUAAAUUAAUUUAUUUUAUCUACCAUCGCGUGUUUACUUUGUUACACGGGGUGGCUUGCUGUGACUUUGUUACCAUGCGUGGUCCCGUAGACGCGAAACCGUAUUAUCUUAUGUAAUUAUGUUUAUAGCAUUUUGCCACUGCGAAGCCGUGGCACAGUCAAAUUGUAAUGUUAGGUGAUCUGUCGGUAACUGUGCUUGUGAUUUUCCAUGAAAGCUCUUACUGUGAAUCAGUGUACAGUUGAAUAAAUGUGUUAAAAUCUA